AUGGCUAUCACUGAAAGAGUUAUCUUAUCUGUUAGCGGAGGAGUUGAAGAAUGGAAGGAUGGUCUCAAAUUCAUGCUUCAAACAUUGAAGACUCAAGAUGGUUAUCUUCGCACUCGCUGGGGACCCCACAGCGAAGAUCAACAAAAACUCGAACUUCUUAUCGGUUGGGAAUCUGUUGAAGCUUUCACUAAAUUUCAAACAACCCCCGCUUUCCAAGAAAUGCUCGCCCAAGUAAAACCAAACCUCACCGCCCCCCCAAACCUCAUCAUCAUCGAAUUCAAACCUUACGCUCCCAAAGAAGUAAUCGACGCGCACUUCGUCCAAAUGCUCACCAUUGAGCAAGGCGCCUCCUCCGAAGACGAUCUCCGCGCUCAAGUCACCAAGUUCAAGGAUCUAGACGGCUGUACCGGAGUUGCAUCUGGUCUUUCCAAAGAUGAUGUUGACGGAAAGGGAAAAGUCUUCGUAGCCGCCGUGGGAUGGGAAAGUUUAGAAGCGAGCGAGAAGGCGAAAGAGAGUAAGGUUGUGGUACUCAGUGGCGCGGAAAGUCAUCACGUCAACUUUAGAUUCCCCAUCAAGGGUUUCCGCGGAUUGUAA